AUGCUACGUCACAGUCUCACGUCACUUGAUGUGGGCAGCUGGGACGUGUCUUCGAGUGUGUUAGUGAAGAAUAUAUUUUUCCUUACCGGUUUGUUAUCUGAAAUCACUUUAGGAAUUGUUUUCCAUAUCACUGAUGACCCUGCAUUCGGCAAUGCAGGGUCUUAUGUGCGUACUAAAUGGAUGCAGGUAAAUCUUGGCAAAGGCGGAACACACGAACAUCCUAAAGGCAAAGUAUUUGAAUCGCCGCGCGAUUUACUUGUCUUUCAUCAUGACAGAACAAAGCGAGAAACUGACAUAGAACACUACAUACGAGUAGAUUCUGCUCAACUUGCUGUUACCUUUGACAAAGGUGCUCAUGAUGUGACAGGUGCGAUGACUUCGCGGGUUCAUAGUGCUAGGGAAACGAAGACCCUCGCUAAAAAUGCGUAUAAGAGAGCCAGCUAUACAUUUAACGAUGCUGUCCACACGUGGUCACACAGAGGAGAAAAGCUUGGGAAAGAUGAGAUAAAGGCCGUUGCCCAAAGGGAUAGCAAACUCGUUCCCACUGCCUUUGUCGUAGAGCUUGUCGAUAGGACCCACGUGAUAAUGUUUGAGGUAAAACACGGUCAGGAUGCUGAGGUACCUACCGGGGUUUUUGCGUGCUGUCAGGGUUACAAAUUCACCGAUGGAUGGACUACAAACAAAGAUGGCACUGGUGCUCCUUAUGAAACUGGCGGUAAGAUCAAGAGUGUUUUUUCUCGAUGA